CACAAUAAAACCGCGCCUCUUAUCACACUACCGAACUCGCACUGUUGCGUGUCUUUACAGCUUGUCCCUAGCAUUACAGAUUUGUUACACAUUAGUCUACUUGGCCUCUCGUACAGUUUGGUUUCUUUACUCGACCCUCUCUACCCACCACCACACAAGGCAAUAAUCCCGCCAGUAUGGUACAUGGUCAUGCCUACGAGCAGUUGGAUUCAAGCGAUCCAGCCAUCCCAGCACAUCCUCCCAACUACGCGGAUCUAGAGGCAAAUACCCAACAGGCACAACCCACUCACGCCACCCCUAAUCCCCAGCAUGACGACGACGAUGAUGAUCGGUUUGAUAUCAAUCACAAUCCAAACCACGUUCACUUUGAACAGUUCGAAAUAGGCGACGACGAUGACGAGCAACCCCGGGACGGAUUCCUUAAACGAGCCUCAUUACUAACCAAGAAGUUUGCCACCAAACUCAACAAUAACAUCAUAUAUCCCAUCAACCAAAUGGUGGAUCCCAUGUAUGAGGCAUAUAAACAUUUCCAUAUGCUUUAUGAACAGUCCAUCUUAAAAAUCGGCAAUCCCCUUGUCGUGAAGAGAUUGUUCUAUGUGUUUUUCAUAACCAUUAUCGUUUUCUUCAUAACGCGGUAUGAUACCAAUGAUGGUGUAAAUGGCUCUAGUGGUGGCACUUUCAGCUCGGGCAAGUUUUACGAUCUCGACAAGUUGGCGGUCUCCAUCAAAGAAUAUAUCGACCCUAAACUCAUGCAAGAGAACUUGGAAUACUUCUCACUAAUGCCCCACAUAACAGGUUCCAAAGGUGACCUCACUUUGGCAAGAUUCAUACAACAGUAUAUGGAUAAUAAUGGGGUCAAAAUUAUAGAUUUUAAUGAGUUGCAAAGCAACCUAAACUACCCAUCCAACAACAACAAAGACACAUAUCUUAAAUUAUCCGAUGGAUCAUUCAGUGCCACAUUAUUCGAGUCCAAUAACCAAGAUAUGGAAUUUCUUUCGUUCAAUCCAAAUGCGUUGAACACAAAGAAUGAAAUUGAACAGUAUUAUGUUUACGGCAACUUCGGAUCCCCCGAAGAUUUUCAAAAGUUGAAAGAAAACAACAUCGAACUCGAAGACUGCAUUUUGCUCAUCAAAUAUGGUGGGAAUACCAUUCCAGAAGCUAAUAAAUUGCAACUUGCUCAGUCGUUUGGGGUUAAAGCCAUAGUGUUCAUUUCGCCAGAUUAUAAUGUGGGAGGAAAUGUUAUAGAUGAUGCUAUUCAAAGGAGCAAUGUCGGAUUAACUAGAAGUAGUCCUGGUGAUGUAUUAACUCCUGGCUGGUCCUCGGAUGAUGGGUAUGUAAACAGACUUCCUUGGUACAAGUCUUCUACAACUCCCAAAUUACCUUCAUUGCCAAUUUCAAGUAAAGAUGGAAAUCACUUAAUUUGGACAUUAAAGGAUGGUGUUAAGUUUGAAGAUGGACAUUACUCAGGAAGCGGAAAAUCAGAGGCAAAGAUCAAGAUGAAGAUUACCAACAUACAAAGACCCACUCAUCAAUUAUGGAAUGUCGUUGGUUCGAUCAAGGGAAGAGAGCAAGCAGAGAAAGGUAUCGUCAUAGGAGCUGCUCGUGACUCUGGAUGUUAUGGUACAAUAGGUUCGAAUACAGGUACUGUCGUCUUGUUAGAAAUGAUCAAGAUCUUUACCUCGUUACAACGUCAAUACCAAUGGUCACCUUCCAGAUCUAUCUAUUUUGUCUCCUUUGAUGCUACAGAAUACAAUUUGGCUGGCCUGGCUGAAUGGAUUGAAAAUAGAAGAGAACUGUUGAAGAGGGAGGGAUAUGCUUACAUUGACUUGAGUGAUGCUAUCUCAGGAGAUGAUCUCAGUGUAAAAUCGCAUCCAUUCUUGAAUGAGGUUAUAAAGAAUUGUCUUAGAAAGGUUAAGAUCAAUGAUGACUCAAGUUUGUAUGACUUGUACAAGAAGUCUAACAAGAACAGUGAUGAAAUCUCCAACAACAUGAUAGAAAUGAAGAAUUACCUUCCAUUUAUUAAUUUAGUCAAUAUGCCAUCAAUGGAGAUUAAAUUCACAGGCAAGAAAUAUCCAAGAAACUCUUGUUAUGAUAAUUUCAAUAAUUUUGAAAAAUCCAAGGUUGACCCAUCUAUGGAGAAGCAUUCCCAACUUGUUGAGUUUUUAUCGUUACUCACUCUACACUUGGCCGAUGACCCAAUCAUUCCUUACAAUUUCGAAGAUCUCACCAAAAAAUUGACCAUGUUCACUGCAGACUUGGAACGUCACAGUAUCGAUAUCAAGAACUCUUUGAACUCGGAUAAACCAGCAAUUGAUGUUGGACAAUUGAGGAAGUCGAUAGAAGAAUUUGGGCGGAUAACGUCGCCAUUCAAGGAAUGGGUAAAUGGGUGGAAGGAUUAUAUAACAGAAUCCGCUGAGAUCGAACCUUCCAUCUUUGCCAUGAACAGAUGGAAAUGGCAUGACAACAUGUUACAAUUCAACCAAGCCUUCCUCGCUCAUAAUAUGCAGCAACAAAGACCAGGAUUUAUGAACUUAUUGAUGGGUACACCCUUUUCUGCGCCUGAAAAUUCUGAUGACCGUUAUGAGUGGAACUCUUUUCCUUCAAUCAGAGACAAUUUAAUCAAUGGAGACUUUCAAAAAGCACAACAAGAAAUUUUGGAAUUGUCGGCCAUUAUUAUUCGCGCUGGAAAUGACUUCGUGGAAUUUUGAUUAUCAUCCUGAGGAUUUUCGGGUUUUAUCUGUAGGGAAAGCAGAUAAGCAGUAUAGUUUGCAUGGUGAAUUGUCCAUGGAUAUAGAUAAUUCAUAUAGUAAGUAAUAUUAAACCAAAUCGGUUG